GUUAGCGGUAUGAUAACCGGUAUGUGUCUUUAUAAUAUAUUGGCUUAUAGUACUCCGAAUUUCCGGUAUACGUGGGCUGUCUUCUUUGUGCGGCACAACUUACUCAGAAAACUGACGCGUCUCUCUGGCAUCAUACAGUGAUCACACGAUGGUGCUGACGAGGUGCCAAGCUGGAAAACAUGUAUAAAAUGUUGCCAGCCUUCCGAUAAAUUGCAGUUUAACAACACCAGCCUCACUCAACUUUACAAUCAUGUCUACUGCGCUCUGGGUGCCCAUUCCAAAGCCAUCAUCUAGGCUAGCGCGAUAUCGCGCAUUAUCCCCUCAUGCCGGCGUCCAUGUCUCGCCCUUGCAGCUCGGUGCCAUGAGCAUCGGUGACAAAUGGGAGAAGUUUGGGAUGGGGAGUAUGGACAAGACAUCCUCAUUCAAGCUCCUCGACGCCUUUUACGAUGCUGGGGGUAAUUUCAUCGACACUGCUAAUAACUACCAAGACCAAAGCUCUGAAGAGAUCAUCGGAGAGUGGGCAGAGAAACGGGGGAUCCGUGACCAGCUCGUGAUCGCUACAAAGUACACAACCAAUUACCAGCGCGGCAACGACGCCAUUCGCCAGAAGGUAUCAUAUACCGGUAACAACAUCAAGUCAAUGCACCUCAGCGUUGAAGCCAGCUUGAAAAAGCUGAGGACUUCAUACAUCGACAUUUUGUACGUGCACUGGUGGGAUUGGGACACCUCCGUCGAGGAGGUCAUGAACGGUCUGCAUGUGCUGGUGCAACAAGGGAAAGUGUUGUAUCUCCGAACCAGUAUGCUCGGGAUCAUGGAAAAAACGCCGUUUGUGGUCUACCAAGGUGCUUGGAACGUCAUGUCUCGGGACUUUGAACGAGAUAUCAUACCAAUGGCGCGUUCCGAAGGUCUUGCGCUUUCCCCUUUCAACGUCCUUGCCGGUGGAAAACUUCGAACCGACGAGGAAGAGGAGCGCCGCCGGCAGACGGGAGAGAAAGGCCGCACAAUCACAGACCCCAGCUGGGAACGCAACGAGACGGAAAAGGCGGUGAGCGCAGCGCUCGAGAAGGUCGCCAAAGAAGUCGGUGCGAAGCACAUCACAGCCGUGGCCAUCGCAUAUCUUAUGCAGAAGACGCCCUACGUAUUCCCGAUUAUUGGUGGGCGAAAGGUGGAGCAAUUGGAGGCCAACUUGGAGUCUCUGGCAAUUUCGCUAACACCCGAGCAUAUGAAGUAUUUGGAGAGCAUCGUUCCCUUCGAUCCUGGUUUCCCCUCCACAUUCAUCCAAUAUAAUUUUCUAAUGGGCAGUACUGCAUAUUUGGAAAAGCAGCCACAGGGGCGGCCCAUAGUUCCAGACAUUGAUUAG